UUCAAUAUAAUUUUCAUUAUAAAAACUAAUAAUUAGUUUUAAUAAUCAUUGCAGCAAAUCUUUGACUAUAGGCUAUUUGUGACUCCUUUUUAAGAACAUGUUUAAUGGGAAUUUUAAUAAACUGCACCUUGAGCGCCAUCUACUGGACUUGAACAUUAUAGGAUGGCAGACAUGCACAGACAUAAAACUGAGAAAUCUAUGAAUUACAUAUGGGGAGAAAAGAGACAUCUUGACCAUUCAGUUUCGUAAUUGUAAGAAAAUUUGUUUGCUAACAUUUCUUUUUUUUUUGCAUUCUAUAAAAGCAUUUUUUAUUCUAAAUGUCAAAUAAAAACAGACUGAUAACACUUCUUUUUUCUCUCUCCAGAAAAUGACAGUCAGCAUAAUAAAGGGUUUUGCUUGUUGUGACCUAAAAUAAAACAGGGUUUUUCCACUAAAUAUGAUUAGACUCUUCUGUACAGUUAAUUUUUUGGCAUUGGCAUUUGGCAUAUUGUUGUAUAAAAUGUGUAAAAUCAAGGCAUAGAAUUAAAAUAUUUAUGUAAAUGAGUAGCUAGUUUAAUAUAGAUGUCCAUUGUAGAUUUUAUUUGAAUUUCCACGAAGACAUACUGUGGUUCGUUGAUCUUGUUGAGUGCAAAUUUUGUACAAAUUAAUGUAAAGAAAGUCCCCAUGUCACGCUUUCUUGGUCACCAUGGAGACAAUACACAACUUAGCAAGCGCAACAAACCGGCUGAAGUAAAAAUGGCAGCAAGACACGAAGCAGCAGAAGAGGCCGUUGACGGUCCUUAUUACCUCGAGAAGGUUUUCAUCCCAGAGGACUCUGAGGAUGAUUAUCAAUACGACGAAGUGACCGUCGACGAGUUCAGCGUAACUGAGGGCGAAGAGGACCUGGAGACUGCCGUAAAAGCAGCGCUGGAUCAAACCGACGGCUCUCCACAGAGAGUCAGCUCAGCCAGACACCCCGUUCCUAAAAUACCCGAGGUGGUGGACGACUUUCUCCGCAACUAUCUGGUAAAUAUGGGCAUGAAAAAAACAUUGAACUGUUUCCAAACCGAGUGGUUUGAAAUGAAACACAAGGGUUUAAUUAACACAGACAAAACUGAACUCAUCCCUGACGUCUAUACACACAACCAGCUCCUGGACAACGAGCUAAAAAUCGUACAAAAAGAGCGGGAUAACUAUAAACAAGCUGCAUUCGAAGCUGGGGAAACCAUAAUAAAACUACAAAGAGAAAGGGACUUCCAUAGGAUGCAGCACAAACGUGUUGUUCAGGAGAAGAACAGACUUACAGAGGAUGUAAAAAAGCUGAAGAAACACUAUGCAUCAUAUGAACCUGCUCUUAGACAGCUGAACGACAAAUAUCAGACAGCUGUGAGGCAGAAGAUGCUGGUCAGUCUGGAAAGAGAUAGAGCUUUCAGCCAGGUCCAGAACCUAGAUGGCUCUCUACGUUCCUCACGAACCCAAACAGCCUCAAAGCCUACAAACUCUCCACAGGAACGAGAAAAAAUGCAGCGGAGUCCUGAAAAGGAAGCACACCUGCCAUGUGACGAUGCCCGAAAACAUCCUAAAGACUCUGAAUUCCCAUCCAGCACUCGCCUCAAUCCCUACUUGCCACAAAUCAAGGCUCUUACCUCCCCCAACACCAAAUCAGCCAACCUCUCGCUCUCCAAGUCUUUCAAAGCGCACACAAUGGCAGUGAGCUUCCUCGCUCUGCAUCCCCGUAAAAUGAUAGUAGCCUCCUCAAGUGAUGACCAGCUUUGGAAAUUAUGGGCAAUCCCCAAGGGAGAGAUGAUCAUGACUGGCGAGGGUCACACUGAUUGGCUGUCGUCUUGUAGUUUCCAUCCCAGUGGUGAUUUCUUGGGGACCACAAGUGGAGACACCACAGUUAAAAUCUGGGACUUCGCCCAAAGUCGAUGUGUGCUCAGUUUGGAGGGGCACCUUCACGCCACUUGGGCCUGUUCUUUUCACUCCUGUGGUGAUUUUGUGGCAUCUUGCUCCAUGGAUAACACGGUUAAAGUGUGGGAUUUGAAUAGCGAGCGCUGCCGCUGCACUCUGCGUGGACAUGUGGACUCUGUGAACAGUGUUUCUUUCCUGCCCUUCUCGAAUAUUCUACUGACCUGCUCGGCAGACAAGACGCUCUCUCUUUGGGAUGCCCGUGCCGGAUUGUGUGCCCAGACUUUCUACGGGCAUAAGCAUUCAUGCAACCAUGCAGCUUUCAAUAUCACUGGCGACACGAUUGCUUCGUGCGACUCUUUUGGGGUGGUUAAAUUAUGGGAUGUGAGGAACGUGUCUGCAAUGGUGAGCAUGGACACCGGGCCGCAUCCCAGCAAUCAAGUGGCCUUCAGUCCAAACGGAAGAGUACUGGCGGUGGCGAGUAACGAUGGCUCGGUCAAGACAGUUGAAGUGGCUUCUUUACAUGUGUCGAGUUUAACAGCUCAUGAGGACGCAGUACAGAGUGUCACUUUUGACCAUAAAGGCGAACACCUGCUAUCUGCAGGCUCAGAUGGUGCAAUUCACAUUUGGUCAUAACUAAACAGAUUUACAGUUAUUGAAAAUUACAUAAAUUCCUUCAGAUAACGUAUAUAUAUAU